GGACAACCCUCACUCCCGGAGCACCCACGCGACCGCGAUGAUUCCUGCGGAUUCGCGGACUUUGCGAGGCAUCUCUGCGCCGAGAGCUUGAAGCGUGGUUUGCUUUUGCAAUAGCGAUGGAGAGGAAUGGAUCAGCCCCUGCCCGGACGAGUACGUAUGGCCAGGCCUGCAUGCAAUGUUUCAAGGCCAAGUGCCGAUGCCUACCUCGUCCCGGCGGUGGUGGAUGCGAAAGAUGCUUUCGCCUCGGGAAAGACUGCCAGCCGUCAGAGGCGGCUCGCAGGCGGAAUGCUCAGAAAACAGCAGCGCAAGACGCGCGCAUUGCCCAGCUAGAGGGCAAGAUUGACCUUCUUUUCUCCACGAUACAGUCCCUGGUCAGCUCCUCUGGAACUGCGCCCCAUGGGCUCCAGCUUCGCCAGGAGAGCUCGUCAAACUCCACGGCUAACGCGAGGAGCACCCCAAGUGACUCCUCUGGCCCGAGCCCCUCUGGCCCGAGCCCGGUCACCGAUGGCGGACCAACGCCUGCUUCCGGGGCAUCCUCGAUGCGCAUUCUGACGCCCGGCUUCCCAACAUCAGCUGAGGCGGAGGAAGCUCUUCGGUUCUUCAGGUCCCAAAUGCUACCCUGCUUUCCGUUUCUCACCUUGCCCCCCAGCCUCACAGGCAGUCAGCUCCGCGACGACCGACCGAUUCUGUUUCAGGCCAUUCUCACGGUCACGACCUUCUCAGCGCAAAGAAGGCUGCCCCGGAUCGAGGAGCUGAAACAGCUCGUCUUCAACUCUGCUCUGAUGAGCAGCCAGUCCAGCAUGGACCUGCUGCUGGGACUCCUGACGUACAUCGCCUGGAGCACCGACGCUUUCCUUGGCAGAGCCGGUCUGCUCUCCCGCCUCAUGGUGCUCGCCAUCUCGCUGGUGUACGACCUGCGGUUGUUCAAGCCCUCACGGCCCGACGUGCAGGCCAUCGUGGCGUACACCCAAGGCUUCCCCGACGAUGACCCCGGCGCGGGGGAUUUCAUGGAACGGCAACGAGCUGUCCUAGCCUGUUUUGUCUUGAGCUCUCAAAUCUCGUGUCACUUUGGACGCAUCGACGCUCUGCGGUGGACGCCGCAGAUGGAGGACGCUCUGCGUGUCGUUGCCGCGAACAAGUCCUGUCCAACAGACGAGACCUUUGCCGCGCAGGUGCGCUUGCAGCUGCUCACGCACAGAGCAGUCCAGGUGCGGGAGCAGCACGACGCCGAUUCGGAUCGCUUCCGCGGUGGAGGAACGCCCACUUCUUCCUCCAUUUCCGGCCUUCUGUACCUCAACACCCUGCGCACAGAGCUGCAGGCACUCAGAGCCUCGCUGAACCUAGACGCCGACCACCCUCAGCCCUGGCCCGCCGACCUCCUCGGCGCACACGCAUACUACACCGCAGUCUACCUCGACCAGACCGCCCUCUCGCUCUCACCACCACCACCACACCCACCCCCACAACCUCGUACCCACGGGGGACCGACCUCCUCAUCUGCUCGCAGCACCGCCGCCGGGGCAACGCCGGGGCUGGAGCGGCUGACCGCGUUCCACCGCAGCGCGGAAUCCAUCGCAGGCUGGCUGGCCACGUUCCGGCGCAUGCCGGCGUCGCGCUGCCUCGCGCUGCCCUCGCACUUCUGGACGCAGGCGGUCUGGUGCAACGCGGUCCUCAAGCACCUCUCCACGCACCCGGACCCGGCGCUGGACUGCCGCGCGGUGCGGAGCCGCGUCGACCUGCUGACCACGCUGGACUGGAUGGUCGCCAAGCUCGAGGCGGUCAGCGCCGAGGCCGCCGGCGGGCCGGGGCUGGUGUCGAGCGACGAUCUGUUCAGGCUGCUGGCCAGGCUGUUUGGGAGGGCGCGGGUCUGGGCGGAGGCAAGGUGGGAUUUGUCGACGGCGCUGCCGCAGGGGCAGGCCGGUCUCGGGGGCCAGCAGGCUGGGCACGGCGCGGAUCAUUGCGUAGUGGGGACGGGGCAAGUAGAUGGUCGGGUGCCGGAUGUGGAGGACAUGUCGUGGAUGGACUCGAUGGAUCUGGAGAAUGACAAAUGGCUGGAGGAUGUCCUAGGCUGGUCGCCGGCCACGACGUAGGUCUCUGGCUCGAGGGUGGUGCGAAGUCCGCCCCCCCCCUGAAGACGCCUACCUAGCCUAGAACGUGGGAUACCCGGUGCUAGACCCGGAAGGUGAUCGACAUUAAAUGCAGCGACAAACGGAGCGAGCGUGCCGAAUGGCCUGGCAUUUGGUAAAAGACUCGCUUGGCGCUUGAUAAAUUCUCUUCGUGAUCAGUUGGAACGGCUGCAUCCACACACAGGAAGCGGCGCCAAGCGCACAACCCACACCAAGCUCAUCCUGCCGCAGUGACGCUAAACAGGGCUGAGGCUGAAUCCAGAGAUGGAAGUGAAGCGAAGCCUCAGACGAUAGCAAGAAGCAAUGAGAAGGUUGUCCAUCACGAAACAACCCCACCACGCAUUUUAUGGAUUCCCAUCGUACCUAUCAGCAGCAGCAGUGGCAGCAGCAGCAGAGCUCGCCAGGGCAGCCACAUAGCGUCGAACCGACCAAAGCACAAGAACACGAUAGGACCCCGGUUGCUUUUCCCAAACACACACAGAAACCAAAUACCCCUAGAGGACCCGCCAAACAAAAUCCAAGACAGGUUAUUAGAAAUGUAAUACCGGGCGGAGUUAGAAGGGGUAGCGGCGCAAGUUAACGGGAGUGCACGUGAAGUAGCAAACCAGAACCCCUGUACGCCGUCCGGACUCAUAAAGAGAGCAAAGUAAGGGAGCAGACGAGAAAGGGUGGCAAUGGGGCGUGAAAAGGGAAGUAGGAUAACAGGGGAAGUAAACGAAAAAUAAAAAUAGAUAAGACGGGAGG